GUUUUACAUUGAUAGGCCGUUCUCGCUGUCCCAUCGCUCACCCAUCUUAUCAUUUGAAAUUUGCUAGCAUAUCAGCCGUGCGCUGCGGAUUAUCCAUCUGACUCAAUCGAACCGGUCUUGAGUAGGCCAGAAUAUUUGCAAAAUGGUCAAGGCAGUCUGUGUCCUUCAGGGCGAGCCCGUUAAGGGAACGGUGUACUUUGAGCAAGCGGAUGGUUCGAAUGCAGUGAAAGUGACUGGAGAGGUAUCUGGCUUGCAAAAGGGCUUGCACGGUUUCCACGUUCAUGAAUUUGGUGAUAAUACCAAUGGUUGCACAAGCGCUGGUGCUCACUUCAAUCCACUGGGAAAAGAGCACGGUGGUCCAAGCCAUUCUGUGCGUCACGUUGGUGAUUUAGGAAACGUGGAGGCUAGCGCUGAUGGUGUGGCUAAGGUCAAUCUUGACUCUCAGAUCCAACUUACCGGAGCACACAGUGUCAUUGGACGAACUCUUGUGGUUCAUGCUGAUCCUGAUGAUCUUGGCCAGGGUGGCCACGAGCUGUCAAAGACAACCGGUAACGCUGGCGCUCGUCUCGCUUGCGGUGUCAUUGGUGUCACGAAGUAAACAUGCAGCAUACAACUUCAUAUAAUCGGCGAAAAAUUAAUGGAUAGGGGAUUUAUUAGAGAUAUACUCUAUUUUCUUAUUGUUGAGCUUUGAGCAUAAAGCUAUAUAUAUCGUCAUUUUUUAUUUUCUUCAAUGUUAAGUGCGUUAGAAAUUCUUUAUUUUACCUGAAAAUGUAAACAAGGUAUCAUAACUUUAUGUAUAUCGUUUGUCAGACAUUAAAAUAAAAAGAAUACAUA